AGGUUGUGGAAUAUAGCAUGAUUAUCCUGGAGGAGGAUGGUGGCGUGGGGGCGCGGUGGCGGUGCUGUUGGUGGCGGGUGGCUCAGUAUACUCGGCGGGGCCUGCUGCUGCUGCGCCCACCGCUGCUUCUACCACAACUUACACUCCAUCUCAGGUGGUUCUGCAGACAGCAUGGAGGAGGGCUACCUAGCACUGCGAUGGAACAACCACAACACCAUCUUCACCAAGAUCCUCACCCUCCUUAGGGAGCAGGAGGCUUAUGUGGAUGUUUCCUUAGCUUGUGCAGGAAGAUUAUAUCCUGCACACAAAUUUGUACUUUCUACAUGUAGUGAGUAUUUCAAGGAAAUGUUUUCCAAGAAUCCAUGUAAGCAUCCGAUUGUUUUCAUGAAGGAUGUCUCAACUAAGGACAUGGAGGCCUUGCUGGACUUCAUGUACAAGGGUGAGGUCCAUGUACCACAAAGCGAGUUGGGUUCAUUGCUGCGUACAGCUGAGGGGCUACAGGUAAAAGGCCUUGCUGUACCCGAUGACUCUCCUCGUGGUUCCUCUACCACCCCUAUUGUGCCUUCUGCCUCAUCCGUCCCACGCUCACCUCCGCCCAGUCUUAUGGCUCCAAUGCAUAUGCGGGGUAAACGCAAAAGGCCACCAGAAUCGGCUAAAAAGGAUGAUCCCCCAAAGUUGACUUUACGUCCUGACCUUGGACCCCCGGCCACCAACCGCUCACGCAUGAGGAACAGACCAUCAGGUAUGCCAGAACUGAAGAGAAUUAAGAGAGAGGAACAUAAUGCAGCAAAUGUGGGCACUAUUGAGCCUGGAGAGGUUCCAGGCUCUCCAAGUCCAACACCAAGUAGUCACAACAGCGAUGAACAGUCACAGAACCUUGCCCAUAAGAUCAAGACCGAAAGAUCAGAAUACUCCAAAGAAGAAGCGGAAGACUUGGAUGAGGACGAAGGAGUGGCCGGAGAAGUAAUGUCUGGGGAAGAAGAGCAGGAACAAGAACCUGAAGAGGAAGAAGAGGAAGAGGAAGAGGAAGAUGAAGAAGGAGCAUUAGGGGAGGGGGAAGGCCUCUCCCACGGUGUUCUCUCAGAUGUCGAGGAUGGCUAUGAACAAUCUAACUCUUCACUUCCCAAUUCUGACAUAUCCACAACGGAACUGCUACAAGUUGAUUUGAGUGAGGAUGGAACACAGUUCAUAAUCGGUCCUGGUGGUUUCGGAGAUAUGAUGUCAAGAACUUCGUCACUAGCCGGAGAUGAUGAGAGAAAUGGUGACAAAGAGCAGAAGAAGCCGUUUGUUUGUCCUCUCUGUGGGCAGUCAUUUACACGUCGUGACAACCUUGCCAACCAUAUCAAGACCCACACCGGUGACCGUCCGUUUAUGUGCCAGUAUUGCCACAAGUGCUUCUCAAGGAAGGACUACUUGAAGCAGCAUGAACGCAUCCACACUGGAGAGAAGCCCUAUCCCUGUGACAUCUGUGGUCGUGCAUUUACCAGGAAAGAAGGACUGACAGAUCACAUGCGCUGUCAUUCUGACUUCCGAGCCUUUUCCUGUGAAACAUGUGGCAAGAGCUUCAAGCAAAAAUGUGGUUUGCGCUUCCAUAAGAGGAAUUAUAAACAUUAACCUGCCAUAAAGAUCUCCAACACUUAAUUCACUGUUCCAAUUAUGAGGCGGAUAUGGAUAGCCUGUCUCUCAAUUAGUUGGAUGUGGUCCCUUUAAAAAUAUGCCAGAUAAAGGGCUAAUUUAUGCCCCUGUACUAAGUUAGGUCGUGCCAUUUCCUUUAUGUUGAGCACCUAAUUUAUGUGUUCAGAUAGUCAAUUUUACCCUGAGCUUUGUCUAUGGCCCUGGCCAGAUGUAUAUUUUGGGUAUAUGAUUAUGGUUAGUGAAAUUUCACAACUUGUACAUUGCUGCUCACAUACAGGGAACUUUGUGUAAAUUUGAUUUAUGUUUUCACUUCAACAGGCUUAAUGUAUGGCAAAGGUUUUGCAAAAUGGAAAUUUACUUUAAAAUGUUAGAUUAAUCUCAGGUAGGCUGUAUUAAUAACAGUGCUUACCUUGGUGGAGUCAUUACCUAAAAUUAUGCAAUCCUAAUAUCAGUUUUAAAAUAUACUUUAUAUUCUUACAACUUUUGAUAUAUUUUCUUCAUCUUUUAUAUAUAUAUAUAAUGUUUAAAAAUUCAAAUUUAUGACAUAUUGCAGACCUCCUAGGAUAAACUUGGAAGUAUGUUACUUGUGUAUUUAUGACUCGCACAGAAAGAAAUUGUAUGACACCUUUUUUCAUGUUUGAUACUCUCUCAUCUGUAACUACACUUUAGGUGCUCUUUGUGGUAUGUUGCACUCCUUGAGUGCUGUUUUCUUGUCUUUUAUAAGUUAAGAUUAGAUGCACCAGUAUUUAUUUAACUAUGAAAAUGAUUUUUUGUAAAAAUAAAAAACAAUAAGAUUAUGUUAUAAAUAAUAUAUAAUUAAGAAAUAAAGAAAUAUGACACCAUCUUUUAAACUGUAAUCAAAAACUUAAGUCUUGAUCAUUAAAAUUGAGGCUAUCAGUGGAAAACUUGUUUAAAGGCAGGAGUGUCACCUUUCAUCAACAGCUCUUGUCUCAGGACAACACUUUUUAUGGAUUUACUUUGAUUGUAUCCAGACCUGAAAUCACAGUUAGAAUAAAACAAUACAUGAAAACAAAACAGAAUUUUCUACUAACACUUGAUAUGAGGGCUAUUACAUAGGCUUGAGGAAGAUAACACAGCAAUAGUAAAAUUUGAGUGGUCAGUGGUUACAAAGUUGCCUAUACUUUCCUCUCCAAGUGCAUAUUGGUUAUAGUAUUCUCCCUCUGGGUAAGAAAUCCAUAUAAAUAUAUACAUGUACUUCUGCAGGUUCUAAAGUAAAGCAAUAACAUUGCCCUAAGAGCUUUGGAAAAGAAGAUGGGGAAAAGUAAGGGAGAUAUACAGGAAAAAUUUCAUGUUUUGGCUGCCUUGAUAGUUUUCCACUGAGGGUCUUAGUUUAUGUACCUGCAGCUAGAGCAGUUUAGUGUUUUCAUUGUCAACAUAUCACACGAAAUAAUCUUUGUUCUUAUUAAUUAUCAAAUGCCAGUAUCUUAUUUUUUUUCAUGAUUACCAUCUUAUUUCUGUAAUACUUUAAUAUAUAUAUAUAUGCACUUGGAAUCUGAUCUCAAAUGGAAACGUUCAAGAGGAAUGCCUGUGUGAGCACUGCAGUCAAUACAGCACAGACCUGUAGUGUUCUGAGGUAUUACUUUCGUUUAUCAUCUUUUUAAUGUUCACAUCAAGUCUUGUGAGAUCCAAAUAUAUAGGCGCUCAUAAUACAUUUCUUGAUUAUUAAUUCUAACCAGUUCUAUGUAAUUGUUCUUUAACUUGACUGGAUGCUCUCAAAAAUAAGUUUUAAAAGCCUAGUAAGUGUUUAUGCCUGAAAGGAUUUCUGAUCCAAGGCUUGACUGAACAAAGAGUCAAACAAUACUAUAAUUUUUACAAGAGUUUUAAGCCUUUUGUUACUGGUUUUAUACUUUUUCACAGAAGAUAUUCCUUGUCAGAAAAAUGUGCCAUUAAAUUUUAAGAGUAAAUUGAUUCUGUUGAUGAUCAGGAAGCAGCACUUGGGCCAUUAUAUAGUUUAACCUAUAAUUUCAGAUCUUCAGAAAAUUCAUUGUACAAGCAAUAAAUGUCAGACAUUAACUGUGUAUUAUAUCUAAAUAACGGAAAUAACAAAUGGAGGAUUUCUUUUUAAAAGGAAAUUCAUACAUGAAUAAAGAAGUUGAAUUAAGUAAUGAUAUGGGGGGACUAAUAUCAUGCCAUCUAAAACUCAAAAUAUUUUUGUUUUUCAUAAAUAUUGAAUAUGACUCCCACCAUAUUUUUUUGCUGUUUGUUUAAAACUCGAUAUUCACCUCAAACUCUAUCAAAGCCAUCUUUAGCUCUAGUCAGUGAAUGGUUUUGGCAUUCUGAAAUUUUAGUGUUGGCUGGUUUGGCCAGGAUUUCUGAUUCCGAAGAUUAUUUACUUCAAAUUUAGGCUGGAGAACUAUUUUGUUUUAAAUGCAGUGGUAGGCAGUGUAAGAUUUUUUUUUUUUUUUCAUGUGAAGCAAGUGGAAGCUUUUUUAUUUAAAAUUUGAGUUAAUGUCACCUUGAGAAUUUAACAUCAUUCUCGUACUGUCAGAAUUGAUCUGUCCAUUUUUCAAUUUUUCAUUAUUUGUGUAAGCUGAACUGGUGCUUUGUUGAAAGUAUAUUUAUGUAUGCAAGCUAUGACUGACAACAAAUAUGUUUGAUAAGAUUUUUUUUUAAUUUGAUACAAUAACAUUGACAGUUUAGUUAGGCACAGGAUCAUCAAAUAAUUGCUUAGGAUUGCUAAGAGACCUAAGUACUGAGUGCCAUAAAGCUUGCUGCUGCCCCUCCCAGUCACAGGCCUAGCACAGACUGGUGCCAGUACCUCAAGUCAUUUGUCUCUUCUGUGUGAAUUAUGAUACCAAGAAGCCAUUUCACACCCAUCUUGUAUAUUGAUCACAAGCAGUGCCUAUUAAAUGCCACAUUCUCGGACUUUGAGAAACAAAUUUGUCCAUGUUUCCUUGCAUGUUUUUUUCAAAUUCUGACAGAUGUCUUUAGUGAAGAAAGGAUUCUUGGAAGAUUGCAGUUGUUACCUAAGUAGAUUUUGGAACUUGGUAUUUCUACACAUUUGUAUCAAUGGCAGUUCUACUACUGUGAUAAUUUAUAUAUUUUCUGAUGUUGCAUUUCCUAUUUAUUUCUAUUCGUAACGUAGAGAAAUAUGCUUACAGUACAUGUCCAUUGAUCCUUUAGUAUGUGCUGUAGAUAAAGGCUCAACUCUUCUUCACUUCACAAAAAGAAAACUUGAAUCAUUAUCUUAGUUCAACCCAUACCACAAAUCAAUCCUUUUCCCAUCCUAGUAAACCGUCACUCUUUAGCCCUGCUGCCUUUGACACGUUGACUGAGGAUGCAUUGUCUUACAUCCAGCCACUUGAUUUCCCAUCACUAGUCUCACAAUAAAGAACAGUUAUUAAACAAAUGGCUUUGUAUUUUUGUAUAUAGUAUCUUUAAAAAGUUGCCAUGUCUAGCUGGUUUUUUCAGUCACUUGUCUUAGUCUUAGAGUAAGAUUUCAUGUGAUAGGUUUAAUCUAACAUGACCUAUUUUGGCAAAUAAAUUAAAAUUUUA